CCUUCUCCAACCGGUGGCUCACCUUCGACCUAUUCGAUUUCACGGACCGACACGGCCAGAGUUACACGAUGUCUGGCAAAAUGCCACAACGUUCUGACCUUAUUGAUGUGUCGUAUUCUCAGCUGCACGAUUUCUUGUCCGGGCGUCUUGAAGGCACGUCUCCAGAGCAGGUCAAAGGAUAUCUAGUGCCUAGAGUCGACCAAUUGAAGGCUCUCAAGGAUCCUUUUGGAAAACCCUCCGAAGCAUCACGCAAACGGAUUCAGAGUGGGACGGUGACUUUGAGCGACGGUGUGGUGUUCCAUUUGGAGGAUUCUGACAAGGACUACAUUCUUGGAAUCAGCGAUGCGUUCAGAAUUGAUGAGGUCAGCGCAUUUGUUCUUUUGCGGUCUUUCAUGUACAACCAAGGACUACCUGCCACGGACUCGGACGAGUUCUUGGUGGAGGCAUGCGUUGAGGCCAUCACCCCAUUCUAUCUCUCGGAACGUAUCGCUGUCUUACGCGUUCUUAUACCUCUCUUUCGCGCCAAAGAAGAUCCUACCGACCCCGCAUUCGAGAUUUCGGGCACAUUCCUGAGCAAAAUUAUUUCUGAUGGCCCGAAAUUUGUCGAGUCCCUUCUAAUGGAGUAUAUGCGUAAAACGAAGGAGAGGCUUGAUGAAAGAGUGACAACAGACCCAAGAACAGCUUCGAAAUGGGCGAAGCAGAGUAUGAAGGAGCAGCUUGUCAUGUUGGAGGUGUUGUUUUGGACUAUGUGGGGGUCUGUUGCCUGUGACGGUUUAACAGUCGAGAGGAUUAUCGCCUCUGCUUACACAACGAAUCUUGGUACCAUGCAGUGGAAUGCAUCAUUAUUACUGGAUGAGGACGCUUUCCAAUUGCAACAAGACAUCACGUCUCUUUGGGUCCUCAUAACCGUCGAAGUCCUCGAAUUGGAGACAUUAGCGGAUGCUGGCGUCAUUGAAGUAUCCGAUACUCCUUCACGAACCGACUUGUACACUUCUUCCCCUGCAUCACUCAAGCGAAUCCAUGAUCUCGUCAUGUCCAAUGACGGCACCCCUUUCGCAUGUACCUAUCUGGCAUGGACAUCUGUUGUCUCUCGCAUAGCAGCAGUGGCAGCUCAAGUCAAAGAGAUCCCCGAUUCUUAUCUUCCGUUUUUAGAUUCCCUGGUAUCCCAAACGAAUCGGUAUUCCAAGGACCGUGAACCAGCACACGUUAUGAUGUUGAAGGCGUGCUUGUCACCUAAAAGUGGUCUAUUUCGACUUAUGCUAAAUUUGCUCACUACAAUGCCCUUGUUCGUUACCUCCGUUGCCAUGAAGACAGACUCGUCAGUCACAGAUACCAAUGCUAUUGCAUUCAGGUCUGUUUUCAAGGGGCUUAUCAUUGCCUUGCUUGACCUCACCUCUGUGGAAAAUAUUCCGGACUUUGACUCUUUCGUUGAGGUGUGGAUAGCACUAUUUGGCCGAAGCGAGAGUAGAUCGGUCGCUGGUAUAUGCAGCCAGUACUGGCAGUUUGACUGGGAGUAUGGACCAGCGCGUCGUGCUAUAUUUGACGUGGCCCGCUCUCGAUUCCCAAUCCAAGUCAAACCUUUGAUUCGCUUGGCCAGAGCGAUGACUGCUUCAGGCUUCUUUGACACUGAUCCACUCUAUACAGCCGAUGAGACGCAGUCUGUUUUUGGGCUCACAGGAGACAGAGAAAUAUGCGAUCGUCACGUCUUUUCCUUCCUCGACAAUUUGCCGACGUACUCUCAGGUCAUUCCAUUGCAUGCCUGCACUGGCUCCCAUGCCAUAUACGAAAGGGCUCCAGAGAGAUACGGGCCUUCAUCGUCACUCGGCCUUUCUUACACCAAUUCGAGACCUAUUGCCUUGCCUGGUGGCAGUAUACUACCACCCGGAUCUAUAGGCCGAGUACUUAGUGGUGGUGAUGGAGGCGAGUUGCUUGCAGUUUGUUGGAGUCAUCAACAUUCAGGUUGGAAACUGAUGCUCGAUAUAUUGACUGAUUAUGUCAAACGCCGAAAUGCUUAUCUUGGUGCUAGAAAAGUUCUACGUCCAUCACUAUCGGAUCGUCAUUCUCCAUUUCCUCUGACCAUUGAGGACUCUGGCCUGGAAAUGGAUGGUGCGAUCGACGAAACCCUAGUUAUGGAUGUUUUGGACCUCAUACGAAGUCUCAUCCAAGACAAUCCUACCCAGGCGGAGCAACUCUUACAAUCGGUAGAGGCUGAUGUCCCAGUCCCGCAGUCCAUAUCGGAUUCGGCCCCUCCUGAUCUGGUACAGCUUACCGUAACAAUCCUGGAGGAGACCUUCACGAGCAUCAAUCAACGUCCCAAAGCUGCCCUUCCAACGCAACUAAUAACAUCGGCCAUGAGUGUGCUUGCAGCCAUUCUCGCUAUUCCUUGCUACUCUACUCGUGUCUGGAUUUAUAUGAGGUCAACGUCGGUCCUUUUCGGCGCAGGACGGUCACUGGGGUCAAUGUCCGUGGCGUUGGCUGCAGAACGAACCACCGGUCGUUACACAGUGACCCUCGCUCUGUUGCGGCUCGUUCAGCAGCUUUUCCAUGAUGCCACCACCUUGGUCAUCCCAGAUGAUCCACAUGUUCGCAAGCUGAAGGCUGAAGUACUUCUCCGAGCCACUGAAUUCGUUCAUAACGAGAUAUGGGUGGAACAUCUUGGAUGGCGGUAUACCCGUGUCGGUGAUCGCUUCGACAUCGGUAGGCAUGUAGCGUCUCUCUUCGUCAAAGUCCUGGAGCACACACCAGAGAUACCAGAAGAUGGUCCGUUUGUUGACCUAAGCCGUGUGGUUUUGGAUUUAUUCCUAGACAAAGCAACGAACUCUACCAUUAUCCCUUUGGUCUCGUCUAUUACCGCUGGCAGACAUAUGCUUCAAAGCCUAUAUGCGUCUCGUCGGAAGGCUGAUGCCAAAAGAGUUAUCCUUCUCCUGGAAUCCCAGCUUCAACUGGCGCGUCUGAUUCUGAAUCGGAAGCGUAUGUUCAGUGAUUCGUCGAAACUCUGUUUGUUAGAACAGGUACUUUGCUCUCGGGUCACUGAUGGCGCUGCUUCCGAUCCCUAUCAAUCACGAGUAGAACCCAUCGACGUUUUGGCGUCAUACGUUAAAGAUCGCGACAUCGGAAAUCUUGUCCCCGUAGAAGCCAUUCGCAUUAUGACGUGUCUCUGCGACUCUCUAUCUUCUCAGACAUCAGUACCAGCUAUCGUAGGGCAUUUGGCAGAUCCAGAGACAACCGCAGCAUCCCUGGUGCACAUCAUACAACAUCCUUACGAGGAUUUAUCCUUGCGAUUUGCGGUCUGGAAUUUCAUCGCUCUGGCAAUGAAUACGGAACCAGCCUUAGCCAAGGUGUUCGUUGUGGGCCAGUUCCGUACUCCAAGCGACAUCAAAGGGAAAGGAAAAGAGACUGAUGCUAGAGCUCCCACUAUUACAAGUGCAAUUGAUGUUGCCCGUGACAUGAUUGAAAACUGGCAAGAACUAUGGGAACACAACCCUCAACUCCUCUCUUCCAUUCUUCGUUUCGUUGACGCUACCUGGCAACAUGGAUUGGAGCACAAGCUUAUUCUGGACCAACAAUUCCGUGACAAUACAGAGUUUUGGUCCCAAGUUGCAUCGGUAGCGUGCUCGGAUCUUGGGCCACUUCCAGUAUUCGAUGCCGAGGAAUAUGUAUACAUCGACGGCAUUAGGCACUCUACGAUGCAUGAAACCGUCUCAUCACACUCAUAUCGCAUUUCUGCUAAGGCCCGCGCUCUUCAUAUUCUUGGUCUCGACAUUGGCCAGUCAUACAACAAGGAUACACCAUCGAAGAAGUCUGCAAGCUUCAUGAGCAUGGAAGAUCGAUUUAGGUCAGAAGACGAGCUUACUGACCUUCUGUCGGAGGCUGUGGCAAGUUCCUAUCGGCCGACGUUGUUCGAUGAUUUUGAGGAAAUGUUGAAAAACGACUUCCCCGGUCUUACAAUCGCCCAGCUUCAAUCCCGGGAUCCUUUAGAGGAUCGUGAAUAUGGCGAUGAUUUUUCAUUGUCGGCAUCUUUACUCCGCAAUCGUCUCAAAGGAUAUCACAACGCGGACGCCAUGAUUGACCCUGUUGAAAAGGCCGAACAACAACUUUUUUCAAUCAACCUGAAUCAGUCCUUGUCGUAUAGUCAAAUGCGGCUCAUGGAGAGCGCCCAGUUCUUACUGAGCCAAGUUAGUCCCUAUCUUCGUGGUGACGGGACAGCCAGGCCGAUUCUCGUUUCAAUUGCUUCGUCUAUCUCCUAUGAUCUUGCACGGGAAGCACGUCCCGGUGAUAUGGUAGCUACCAUUCAUGGAGAGCGUUUAUUGCUGCUCCUUGCCAUUCUGGAAGUGGCGUGGUUCUCCACUCCAGAGAAGCCGGCUGACGUUAAAUCGUUCGUUGAGUUGGUCGAUAAUGUGCGGGGAAUUAUCCUGAAUGAAUACCAGCUCCCGUCGGCAUCUUUCCUUGGAUCGCUCACGGUUCCGUUCCAUCGCACACUCUUGCAGAUAUUAUAUUUCUGUGCAAAAAACUCUAGAAUACUUGUUCGCCAGCCAAAGCUUCUGAACGCUGAUCAACGAUUGACGAUCUCCCAGAUGAUCGAGGCGUCCAUGAAUACUGUCAUCGACGCGAUGCGCAUAGUGCUGGCUGCUGCUAGAAGCAGAGCCGACGUGGAGCUGGAUCGAGACCUUGAGCUUUUGGUCUCCGUAUUCGAACAAUGUUCAAGGCCCGACAUCAACCCUUCACCCUCCAUAUGGUUGGCUAAGUGCCAGGAGGCAAAUGUUGUUGCAGCCAGUUUGCAGCUUUUCGCGCGUAUCGAUCUUGUUGGUCUCUCAGACCUGCCGCUUCUAAUCACACGACGCACCCCACUCUACGUUCCGCACUUGCUCUUAUUCUACAUGUCACUCGCAAGCAUUCCUUCGGCUGCGGAGAAAUUAGCCAGCGACGGUGUUCUUGCGGCCUACAGCAAUAACAUGAUCAGCCCAGCUAUCAGCGCAGGGUCAAUUGACGUCGAUAUAGCAGAGCUGACCGGGGAACGCAGUCCCGCUCACUAUGUGUAUUGUUCUAUGCUGGCGGUAGUAUCAGGCGUAAUAGGUGCUUUAGGGAGUAACAGUCACUAUUUUGACGCGGAAGCAUGCGGACUGGUGCAGCUAUAUAGCGACCAGAUCACCCGUGCGCUAACUUGGAGUAUCGGAGACGUCAUCUCUCUGCCUCUUCUCGAAGAAAUUGAACAGGUCGUCCAUCUCUUUUAUUCUAUCGCAGAAAGCAGCCCUCCGAUCCCCAAUCAAAACGCAAUGGUCGAAAAAGCUCUGAGUCUAUUCACGCACCACGCAUUACAUCUGAUGCAACAGCUCAACUAUGCCAUCACACAUCCCAAUCAGUUGGCUAGUUUAUUUGAACCUGUGACGAAAGAGGAGCAAGCGCUGGUCGACAAGGAUCCUCCCGCUUCUGAUCCUCUGAGGCGACCGCUUGUCGUGCAUCUCGUGCAUCGACUUUAUCGACUGUCGAGCAACAUCGUCACCACGUUGAUUAGCAUCAGUCAAGCGUUCACUGUACUGUCGGGAGAGCAGGAUGAUUGGCCCGUUCAAGAAGCCUUCGUUGUACCUCACUCGAAAGUAGUGUUAGGCGAGCCCGCAUCUUUGGGAACCCUGCUAGAGCUGGGUAACUCUACCUUGGACCUGCUCAAAGAGCUAAUUGAGCUCCCACCUGGCCAGAGUCUUGUUGCCAUGGGUGCUGUUCUAUCAAGCAAAUAUGGAAACACGCUAGAUGUACGACAGGGUGUUGUCACCGCGCGUCGCAAUCUUGAAGGGAUUCUGAUUUACGCAGGCACUCAGCUAGCUAUGUGGCUUUCGAAGCCAGACUUCGAAGCUAGCCCUAAUGAUGUGGACAUGGACGAACCCGAGGCCCCCAGGCAGGAAAAAGAGCGGAGGGCGCCUCGUUCUUCUCUGACGUUAGCCGAUCGCAUGAGACGCGGAAUGACUGGGGAAAUGAUGGCAGACUUGCAGUCACUGUUGACAAAAUCAGGAGAUGUAAUCAAGAGUACUGAUGCUGUCGUUGGCGCUCGAGGCGUGGAUGUGAUCCCGUUGUUAUCCACUUUUAUUCACGAAAGAAUAUCUCCGCCCGUGUAACCCUGACCUUGACGUGUCCUUAGCUAUUGUGUAGUUUAAAAAGUAGUGUAUCAUCAGUAUUUGCAGUAGCAACUUCAAAGCAAACUUUUGUUGGAA